UUUUUUAAUAAUAUUUUUUGGGCACAGUUUUUGGCACCCUUCUAAAUUAAUUAUCGCAAUCAAUUUUAAUAUCAUAAAUUACUCUUGCUCUGAUCUUUUUCUCUUCACAAUUUACAUAAUAUACGAUUACAAUUUUAUUUCUUAUUUGUUAUCUGUUAUACUUAAAAUCAAAGGUAGAUAUGGACAUGGCAAAAGUUAUCGGUCAUUUGACGUAGUUAAUAAUCUCAAUUUGAAGUAUUUUGAACGUAAGAAAUUAGCGGUUUUACGUUAUUACAGUGAAUUGACAAAAAUAAAAAACCGAAAAUUUAUAAACAUAAUACGAUUAUAAACUAAAUUGUACGCGUGGCGGUUUCUCGAUAUAAUUAGUCGUGUAAACCUGAUAUAUGCACACAUAAUAAAACAAUGUUUAACAGUCUCACACCUGCUUUUUUAGUGAGUGUUGUUUUUUUUUCUUGUUCGUCUUAAAAAGUUAGUGCCCAUGCAGCUUGAAUUAUAAUGAAUUCGGCGUGCGUUUAUAGGCACACUGGCAGGCGCACUCUAUAUUCUAUCAUCAUUUUCAAACGCCGACUUAUAUAUUGUGACCAUUAAGAGCCUAUUAUAGCUUUUUAAUCAGGCUAUACUUGAAAAGAAAAAAUUGGAGAAACUAUGACUAGUCCCGUAUCAAGGUCAAAAUAGAACUAGAAAAAAAUUGUUAUAAAGCGAACUAGCGGUUCGUGAGUCUGAACUUGUUUCAAGAGAAAAAAAGUGUUGCUGUUAAAUAUUGCAAAAAGUCAAAUUAUUGUAUAAGCGGCUUUAUCACUGCUUUCGUAAUUUCGGGCCAUACACGAUUUUUAUCUGUUGAUAAGGAAAUCUGUCAUUUUUGCCUUUUGCAUAAGAAUAAUUAGAUUCCAUAUUUGUGCUUCCUUAAAAAAAAUUGACAGUAUCCGAAUUGUGUGUCUCUGGUCUUCCAAAAUUUACACGACCAACGGGAUGACAUGUUAUUUGAUAAGCUUUUGUAAAGUGCCUAUGUAUACAAAUAAAACUUACUAACGAGAGACUUCAACUUCAAUCACUCGGACAGAUAGAGUCUUACAUCACGUUAUUUGAAUGACGUUUGAUAAUGCUAAAUAAUUACUUGAAUAAUUUAGAAUUUUUUGUGGUUAUUAAAAUAAAUCAAGCACUUUCUGCUCCCUUAGCUCGAGUACCAGUAAUGGCUGGGAAUUCCGUGUAUAUAACGAAAAGGCUAGGUUUUUUUUCUGACGCGAUGGGAGACGGUAGACAUUGUACAAAGGUAGCAUUGUGUCUAUCCCAAAGAUUUUUACGCAUACAUUAAAAAAGUGCCGAUUGAUCAGUAGCACUUCAAAAUUAAUCGUCGCUUUAUUACGAACGAAUGUUUACAAGCCUCAGCUUUUAGAUCAGAAAUAAAACAAGCUUCCCAUUCUUUGUUUUGAAGCGUAUAAACAGAAAAUGCAAAAAAUACAAAGAGAAAAAUAUUUACACCAACAUGGUUAAAAAACCCAAGCUGCUCGAAUUUCUAGAAACAAUGGUCUUGAGCCUAUUUUCAAGGCUUCGCGUUUUAAGAAGCCACUAAUAACGGUACAUCAUUGUCCGAUUUGUAUAAAGUAUUGAUUAAGUAAUAAUGAGCGGUUGAAGAUGUAGAAGAUUAUCCAGGAAAAAAUAAGCACAUGGAAAUCGUCGAAUAAAGGCACAAUAAAGUAUCUCAUUAUUUUGAUUUCUCAAAAAUCAUCGAUUCAUUAAAACUCGAUAAUUACUCAAGAUAUUAAAACUCUUAGUAAUCCGACCAUUAUGAUACAUACAAUAGUAUUGAAUAUGUAAUAUCACAGUAGUGUAAAAAUUUACACAUGAGUAGCCACACCUCCAAAGUACGACCCUUGUUCGCUUCUGCUUCUUUAAUUGGUGAACGAUAUCUUAGUCGCGAGUGAGAGUGAGAGAGAGAGUGAGAGAGAGAGCGCGCGCGCGCAAAAACGAAAGUGGGGAGGGAGCGAGAAAGACAGAGAGAAAAAUGAUGAAAAGGAAGGCAAAAAUCAAGCAUCAGUCAUUAUUGCUUGGGUAACAAAAGGCUGCUCUACACUAGACUAUUUCAGUUGAUCGUGGCGAGGCGCGCGUAUACCGAAUUGUUUCUCGUACUCACAUGCCGAUAUUGAGUCAAAAACAGGAGCACAUUGCACAUUUCGUCUGCGACCGUCGAGCUUCGCGCACGUCUUGCUCUCUCUAAUAUACGAGCACGCGCGCUCGAUAAUCGUCAGGACAAUUUGAAUUUUGUUUGUUUUUUUUGUUUGUCGUUUGGUUUUUUAAUUAUCGAUCAGUGACAAUUUAUAAUAUGAUCAACACAACAAUGAAGGGCUGCGCGACGGGCCUUAUGCUCUUCGCUCUGCUCACGCUGUGCGCAGCUGCUCCGACCGAUCAACCCGAGGUCCUGAGGAUCAGGAUCAUACACACCAACGACAUGCACGCAAGAUUCGAGCAGACGUCGCAACGCUCGGGAAUAUGCAGCAGCCAGGAUGCAGCCUCGGACCAAUGUUACGGAGGCUUCGCCAGAAUAGCGCAUCUCGUGCGGAAGAUUCGGAAUUCCUCGACGUCGGAAUUGCCCGUCUUUUUCCUCAAUGCCGGUGACACUUAUCAAGGCACCAAACUUUUUACGGCCUAUAAAUGGAAGAUCGUUGCCAAGUUCCUGAACAUACUCAAGCCGGAUGCCGCCAGUCUCGGUAACCACGAAUUCGACGACGGAGUCAAAGGACUCGUACCGUUUCUCAACAAUGUCACGUUCCCGGUCGUUACUGCCAAUUUAGACUUGAGCGAUGAGCCGAGUCUCGCCCACACGAAAAACUUGAAGAAUUACACGAUUUUCGAGGUGAAAAAUCGAAAAAUCGGCGUGAUCGGCUACCUGACUCCCGAGACCAUAACGAUCUCGCAAACGGGCGACGUGAAAAUCCUCGACGAGGUACCCGUCCUGCAGAAAUUCGCCGACGAGCUCAAGGCGCAAGGCGUCGACAUCAUCAUAGCCCUGGGCCACUCGGGCUACGAUGUAGACAAGAAAAUAGCUCGCGAGGUCGACGGAGUCGAUCUGGUCAUCGGAGGCCACACCAACACUUUCCUGUACAACGGCAAGGUGCCGGAUCUCGAGCGCAGCGAGGGCUUCUAUCCGACGGAGGUCGUGCAGAAGAGCGGCAGAAAGGCCUACGUGGUGCAAGCCUACGCCUACACCAAGUACCUCGGCAAUCUGUUCGUGGAUUUCGAUCGCCAAGGCGAGAUCUCGCGCAUUCAAGGAAAACCCAUUCUCGUCGAUCACUCGGUUCCGCAGGAUCAGGACGUGCUGGAAGAGCUCAAAGUCUGGGUCGAACCACUCGCCAACGUGACCAAGCGAGUGGUCGGCAAGACGAAGGUGUUGCUACAGGGUAGCGAGAAGACGUGCCGGCUGCGGGAAUGUAACUUCGGCAAUAUGCUCACCGACGCAAUGAUUCGUUACAACGCCAUGAACUACCAAGGCGACGGCUGGACCGACGCCCCCAUAGCCAUUCAUCAAUCCGGCGGAAUCAGGGCAUCCAUCGAAAAGACCAACAAGGGAAAAGUCAUCAUGGAGGACCUGAUCACGGCCUUCCCGUUCGGCACGAAGGUCGUGAAAGUCGACGUGAGCGCGGAGAUAUUGCGACAGGCCGUGGAGCACAGCGUGCACGAUCGCCUGAGCAUCAACGAGACGGCUCACGGUGGAGCUUUCUUGCAGGUGUCCGGACUUAAGGUGACCUACGACUUGGAGAAGCCAAAAGGCUCGCGAGUCGUCGACAUCCAGGUGCGCUGCGGCAACUGCUCGGUACCGGUCUACGAGCCCAUCGACCCCAAUGCCACCUACAAGAUACUCAUACCGGACUUCAUGUACUUGGGCGGCGACGGAUUUAAGAUGUUCAAGAACACCAAGAUGUACAACACGGACGUGGUGAUCGCCGACCUCGUGGCUGACUACAUUACCCAAGAGUCGCCGGUCUAUCCGGGCGUGGAGGGCAGGAUACGCUUUGGCAAUGACUCCUUUUCCGUACACACGGCGAACGGCAUCUACGCUUUCCUCGUGUCUUGCUUAGUCGCUAUCAAAUCCUGGUUCAGAUAGAUUACAAUCGUCGUCGCUUCUCAACGAAGCAAUGUAAAUAGUGUAAAAUAGUAUUAUUAUGUAUUAUAUAAUUGUAUCGAUCGAACAAUAAAGAUUCGACGUUUUGUUUUUUUUUUAAA